UCUGAGAAGCCCCCUCCUCACUGUCCCCUGUGGGCUACAUGUGGGGGUAUUUAUAGAGGGAGCCCAACAACCCCAGCUCAGGAGCUGCAAUCUCCUCUGUGGGGGGACACUGACAACUCUACCCAGAGAGCAGCAAAGCAGCAAACCAGAGAGAAAAGUACAUUUGGUACCUGAUGCUGUAGGAUAAUGAUGGGAAAGCACCGGCUUUAGGAAGAACCCCUCCUCUCACUGAUCCCGACUGUUCCUAGCAGGUUUUCCACCAAAGCUGUAAUUCACGAGAAUGUGGCUGAAUCUGAUGCUGUCCUGGAUCUUCUCACUUGGCAUCUCCAGGUCCGGAGCGAACAGCCCGAAGCCUGGCCCUGGCAGCAGAGUCCCUACACCACAGCCCAGCUGUGGCAUGCUAAGUCUGCAUCCCACAGUGGCCUGUCUUGGCACCCCGUUGACAGCCUCCUGCACCCUCAACCCCAGCUGCCUGCAGAUUGGUCAGGCCCAUCCGGGCGAUAUUGUCUGGAGACUGAAUGGAGAGACUAGGCAGCUGCCACUGAACCAGAGCAUUGCAGGAAACGGCACGGUCACUGUGGUCACCGUUCUCUGCGCAGAGCGGCCCCGUGGGGAGCUGAGCUGUUACCUGUCUCACCGGAGCAAUCUGCACCUGCUGGGUAUGGCUGAGUACCAGGCUGGAGUCCCACCGACAAAUCUGCAAGUGAAACAUUGCAUCAGCUUCUGGGGCGGGAACAUCACCUGCUACUGGGACCCCGGGCCGGAGACCUACCUUCCAACCACCUACACCCUCCACAUCACCGAAGAAGCAGGCCGCUGCCUCUGGAAGUUCAGAGACGCCGGGACGUGCGUCUCCAGCCGGGAGAGCCAUUCCUGCACCAUCCCUGUGGAGAAUCUCUUUGCCUCAUUCCAAGUCAGGCUAACAGCUGUGAAUCUGCUGGGCCAGGCCAGCGCCACAGACAAGUGCCUGCAUGGGAUGAGCGUAGUGAAACUGAGCCCGCCCGAGGUCAGCGCCACAGCGGACAGGAGCGACUGCUUCCAUGUGGCGUGGCGGCAGCCCAACGAGGAGCUGCUGCGUGUGACGGACGCGCGGUAUGAGAUCCGGUACCGUGAUAUGGACGAGGCAUCCUGGACACAGGUGGAUGUCACAGCCGCAGAGGACGUGCCCGCGUCGAAGGACAUCUGUGGCGUCUCGUCGUUCACCAACUACUCCAUCCAGGUGCGAGCGCUAUACCAGAGCGACGCCUCCCGCUGGAGCGAAGGGGACCCCUCCUGGAGCGCCUGGAGCCAUGAGAGAUUUGUGAAGACUCUGCCUGCGGCCCCGUCCAGAGGGCCGGCUCUUUGGAGACGAAUAGCCACGCCGGACUCUGACGAGAGGAAUGAGAUCAUUCUGAUGUGGAAGCCUCUGCAGCCAAAGGAAGCCAACGGCAGGAUCCUGACCUACAGCCUCCGCUGGCAGCGAAUUGGGCAGCCGGCUGUCUUGGCAUGCCGCACCUUCUCUCUGCAGUGCGCUCUGGAGCUGCCGGCCUCCGAGGAACACACCUUCUUCCUCACCGCCAGCAAUUCAGUGGGCGAGUCCCCCGCAACCAAGCUGUCAAUCCCGGCGGGGCAGGCCCCAGCAGUGCCGCUGCUGCCCGUCCUGGUCUCUCCGGCGAGCGACUAUAGUCUCCUCCUGCGGUGGGAUCCCCCUGGCUUUGCUGCAGUGGCCUAUGUCUUCGAGUGGGGCCGGGUGUCUGAGAACCGGGGGCAGAGCAGCAGCUGGCGUUAUGAGCCGGGAAACAUGAGCAGGGUGGUCCUGGCAGAGGCAAUUGAGCCGGGGUAUCUCUACAGCCUGACAAUCUUUGCCCUGAGCGACGGAGCCGUCCGGGCUGCAGGCUCUACAAGCGCUUACUCAAAGCAAAUCGCUCCAUUCCGUGCCCCAACUCUGCAUCCCACCCAGGUCUGGCCAUCCCAGGUGGAGGUGCAGUGGGAGGAGGUCCCAUUGGAGGAGCAAGGCGGAUUCAUUCGGAACUACACCAUCUCCUACGAGGCGCAGGGGAAAGACGCCCAGGCCGUGGUGGUGAACGGCUCCGUCCGUCGCUAUCUCAUCGUGGGCCUGGCUCCCAACUCCGUGGUGAGGGUGGGCAUCUCUGUCAGCACCGACGGGGGAAGCACCCAGAGCUCUGUCCUCUCCAUCCGAACCAGAAGCUUUGACAAUGGGACGGUUGAACUGUUGCUGUACUCCUUGUGCGUGGGGCUAGUUGUCCUGCUCAUCAUGGCUGCUCUGGCCUGUGUCCUCAAGCACCCCCUGUAUGUAUGUUUAAUACAGGGCUGCCUGUGGCCGCAAGUCCCUGACCCCGCUAAAAGCCACCUGGCCAGCUGGCUGCCACAGAAACUGUGGCUGGACUUGGGGAACUUCCCAGAGGAGCCGAGCAAGAAGCAGAGAGCGGGGUAUCCCAACUUUCCAUUCCAUGGGGUCUCAGGAGUCAUCUGUGGCCAGCAGGAGACGAUAAUGUGCAAGUCCUUCCUGGAAAGCACCUGGCCAGCAGAGGCCUCUAGCGCCCGGGAUAAAUACAGUCAGCCCCUCCAGACCAUCCUCCAGGGAGACGUGACAACCCCAGACCAAACCCAGGCAAGAUGCCAAAGCAAGGUGGAGUAUUCCACAGUGAUCGUCUGGGCAUAUCCCAGUGCCGCACCACCAAGAUCUAGUGCUCCCUGGUCCCCACCUACCCCUCAGAGCCCAGAGAGCUCUGGUCCCAGCCGUGAGCCUGGCUUGAGGAUCUGCUCCCAAAGCCCAUCCUGUGAGCCCCUGGAUGGGUCAUGCUGGCAAUGCAGCCAACAGCCAGAUGGAGGGCCAGCUUCCUUGGGGGCAUUUCCGCUCCUGAGGACCCUGGUUGUGGAGGGAUCAGGAGACCUCCAGCCUAAUGGAGAUCACGCUGUGGGCACGCUCAGCCCAGUGACGCCCUAACGGUCUCUGGAGAGAGACCUCCACUCCCGGGGCAGCUGUACGAAUGAGGGAGGGUGAUAAGACUGUCUUGGUGGACUCUCACCCCACCAGGCAGAGGAGUGGGGCAUCAAGCAGAGCCCAGCUCCUCCAGGGGUGGGAGUGAGAGCCCUGCUGAUCAAAACACGGCCUUAAUGAAACCAGGGAGGGCUGAAAACGGGGCCGGAAGGAGCCUUGUGGGGCUGGAUCUCCAUGCAAUAGUCAUGGGCGCAGGGAGGCGUCCCUCUUCCCCCACCUCUGCCGGCUUUUCCCCAUGCUUCGUGCUUAGCCAGCCAGGGCCAAUCCUUUCCCGCUAGCGCAGCCUGCUGAUCCGUGUGUGCCGUGUUGCUCUCUUUGCCUGAGCCUUGGACGAGCUGAGCGUCUCCCAGACCCUGUCUACGGAGCCUGGCUCCUGCUCUUGAGAUUCACGCUCAAUCCAGUCCCCCGUGAUGUCAAGCGAGACAGCAACCGUCCAGCUAGCAAGUUUGUCUGUGUGUUUAAAGGCCUCCCCCCCCCCGCUACAUGCUCCUGGGUCCUGUUAGCAAUGAUCGUAGGCGUUAGAGAUGGGGGGAUUGUUAUCCAUUCCCUCCACCUAUCUGGGUUUGUUCCCCGCAGUACGUUGUUGGGUCCCAAAUAACUUUGUUUACUAAAUGUACCCUCCGCAAAAAAAAAUAGAAAAGCCAGGUCAAGCGCCACAUGCUGCUGCUCUGGCAGCUUCUGCAACACAGACCAUGGUGAGCACCCCGGAGGGCCUACAAACUAUUUAAAGGGAUACGCCUCUAUUUCUAUACAUUCCGUGUCUUAAAUAACCCACAAUUAAUUGAAUUGCCACCGCUUGGCUUGGAAGCCCAGCAAACCUCACUGGCAGGGAGCAUUUGCUGAGGUUUAGCUGACUGACGCAGGAUUAAACUGGAUUCCUUUAUGGAGCUUUCCCUCUGAAUUUCACAUGAGCUUUCCUAUUUGUGGGUGCUUAAGGCUUACUGAUUUCCCACCCCACCCUCAACCAGGAGUGCAGUCUGCAUUUAAAACCGAGUGUGCAUCAUGCAGAUAUAAGUGCUGUGGAACAAUGAAGCCGUGCGUGUUUGCUGGUCUGUGUUCUGUCUGGUUUUGAUAGGGAUUGGAUGGUGUUUUAUUGUAACUGUUUGCUCAGCACCAGAGUCUUUGUUAAUGGGGGGCAUGUGUAAUAAUUUUACCCCCCAGUUAUUAAACUUCCAGAGGAAGCCAAUCUUUUGCAUUUUUCCCCCCUCCUGUUUUCUAGGAGGCCGUGGGUUUCAAAUCCCACCUUAGACCUCGCCUCUGCCAGGCCGUGACUGCUACUUAUCCCAUUGUCCUCUCAGUGCGACCUUGUGCUGUUUAUAGACACCUGUUGUGUCUCAUCCUCUCCUGCCCUUGUGAGCGCUGCAGGGCAGGGAGCGUCUCUUGGUUAUGUAUGUACAGCGCCUAGCGCAAAGGGGCUGGGCCUCUAAGUCUAUGCCAACACAAGGAAUUACAGUGGGCGGCUGGUCUCAGGUGCAGAGACAUCCUCUCCGAUUAAGCCUCUGUCUGCGGCAUCCUUUGAAACCCAGUGGAGCCUGGAGUUACCCCCUUCCCUUGCAGCUUGUGUCACCACUCACACCCGUGCAAAGUUGCUGUAAAUUGUGAGUGUGGGUGGAGAACGCUGAGCGUGGGGUGUUAUGCACCCGCCUUUCCCGGAUGUUGGUGACAACACAAACUGCUGGGGCCAGGACGAGUUUGUUCUCACAUGGUGGGUGGGGAAAGUGCUCCCGGGGAGAUGAGCCAUCAGCUUCGACCCUCCGAGCAUGUCUACACUGCAAAGAACACAUCCUCCCGCCCCAUUCUGGCGCUCCAGGUCAACUGCCUCUGGCUCAGGCUACAAAGAGCAGUGUAGACAUUCCCACUUGGGCUACAGCCUGGGCUCUGAAACCUCAGGAGGCAGGGUGGAGUCUUGGCACCCAGGCUGUGGCCCAAGCGGGAACGUCUACACUGCUUUUAGCCUCACUACACGAGUCAGUCAAGCUGGGCUCUGAGUCUUGGGGG